AUGGACGAGGAGAUGCAGUCUCUUUAUAUGAAUCAGACUUGGAAGUUGGUCCAGCUUCCAAAGGAGAAGAUGGCGAUUGGGUGCAAGUGGGUAUACACCAAGAAAGAAGGUUCUUCAGGGCAAGACAGUGUGAGAUUUAAGGCUAGAUUGGUGGCGAAAGGCUACGCGCAAAAGGAAGGGAUUGAUUAUAAUGAGGUAUUUUCACCUGUUGUAAAACACUCUUCUAUUCGAAUUUUACUAGCUUUGGUUGCACAGUUUGACCUCGAGUUAGCUCAAGUCGAUGUCAGAACUGCCUUCUUACACGGAGAUUUGGAGGAGGAGAUCUAUAUAUCUCAGCCAAAUGGAUUCAAGGUUGCUGGUAAGGAAAAUUGGGUUUACAAACUGAAGAAGUCGUUGUAUGGGUUGAAACAAAGUCCAAGGCAGUGGUACAAACGAUUUGAUCAGUUCAUGAAAAGGCAGCAGUACACAAGAAGCCAUUUUAAUCACUGUGUGUAUUUUCGUAAGCUUCGUGAUGGAUUAUUUGUAUAUUUGCUCUUAUAUGUUGAUGAUAUGUUGAUUGCAUCUAAGAACAAAGUUGAAAUUGAUAAGUUAAAGAUUCAGUUAAGUACUGAGUUUGAAAUGAAGGAUCUUGGUGAAGCUAAGAAGAUACUUGGGAUGGAGAUUAAAAGAGAUAGAAUGAAGGACACUGUUUGUUUAUCUCAGAAGCAAUAUUUGAAGAAGGUGCUACAUCAGUUUGAUGUUGGUUUAAAAUUUGAGCGGGAUGAUAGACUUGGUCAGCAUUUGGUUGGAUAUGUGGAUUCAGACUAUGCUGGUGAUUUGGAUAAACGUCGGUCAACUAUAGGUUAUGUGUUCACACUUGUUAAAGGACUGGUUCAUCAUUCACGUACAAAACACAUCGAUGUCCGUUUCCAUUUUGUUUAUGAAAUUUUGGAUGAAGGCGAUAUUCUUCUUCAGAAGAUUGGGACUACAGAUAAUCCCGCAGAUAUGCUGACGAAGGGGAAGUUGGAGGAUGGGAGAGAGAUUGCGGUGAAGAAGUUGUUGCAGAGCUUAAAUCAGUGGAAGAAAGAGUUCACGAAUGAGGCGAAACUUCUUGCUCGUGUGCAACACCGCUAUGUUGUAACAUUAUUGGGAUACUGCACACAUGGUGCUGAGAAGCUACUUGUGUAUCAGUAUGUAGCUAAUGAGAGCCUUGACAAGCUUCUCUUCGAUUUUGGUAGAAAAGAUGCCCUUGAUUGGAAGCGAAGGUAUGAUAUAAUUGCGGGUGUUGCUCGAGGCUUGCUCUACCUUCAUGAAGACUCUCACUAUCGCAUUAUCCACCGUGAUAUCAAGGCUAGCAACAUCCUGCUUGACGAUAAAUGGGCCCCAAAGAUUGCUGAUUUUGGCAAUGACAUCAAUACCCGCGUAGCUGGUACCAGUGGGUACAUGGCGCCCGGAUAUAUCAUGCAUGGAUAUCUAUCUGUGAAGACAGAUGUAUUCAGCUUUGGAGUUCUGGUUUUAGAGCUAGUCAGUGGUCGAAAGAACUCAGCUUUCAACCCAAGUCUAGAUUCUCAUAAUCUACCGGAAUGGGCAUUCAAGUUGUACAAGGAAGGUAACAGUUUGGAGGUCAUGGACCCUGCAUUGGUACCAUCAGCAGUUCCUGAUCAGGUAGCAAAGUGCAUACAGAUAGGGUUGCUGUGCACACAAGCUGAUCCACAUUUGCGGCCCACCAUGCGUCGUGUGGUGGUAAGUCUAUCGAAGGAGCUUGGCACACUCGAAGAACCAAUUAGACCUGGACGCCCUGGUUCCGGAUAUAGAAGGUCUCGCCGCCCCAAUUCCUCGUCUUCCACUGCCGGAACUUCAGGGGACUCCAGUUCCCAUACAUUAGGUUCCACCACCAACACCGAAUCUGCAACCGCAACUGCUAGCACAUCAGCUCUUACAAACUCAAGAUCCACAACUGCAAUUGCACCCUGAUCCCAAAAUCUCUGGUCUGUUCUUCGCCUGUAAAUCCCGAACUCAAAUCAAAUACAUUCCUCUCAUGGACACAGAUACAGAUGAUGACGUUGUAAAAACCAAGUAUUUAGCUCGCUUUCCCUAUAUGUACGAUAUCAAUACAGUCCUGCAAUGGUUUGCUACUUUGCUGUUUUAACUAAGCCAGGCUACGGUCCCAGAUCUUACCAAGUUUGCAAUUCUGGAAUCUUCCCUUGCAUUCAGGGGCGGAGUCAGGAUUGCAAAAUAGGGAGGACUAAAAACAAUUAAACCCAUGAUUAUUUAAUACGUCAUCCAUGCUCUAAAUAUAUAAUUAUCAUGCAUCAGUUAUUCAAUUAAACCCAAUAAUUUACAACUUUCUAACACAUUUACACUUUCAAACUCUAAUGUAUUUUCACAGUCAAGAAUUCAUUAAAAUUUACUUCAUACAAGUAU